CAAAGAUUUUUAUCAGGAAGCAAUAUUUUUCACACUGGUUUGAACCAGUCACCUGAUUCACUAAGAAUGAACCAGUUUCUGCUUCGGGCGUCAUCGGUGUCUAUUUCCGCACCAAAACAAGCUUCGAAGCAGUGGUUCAAGGAAAAUGUUGCUUCGAGUUUAUUAGCUUGUAUCGGAGCAUCGGUGUCAGACAGCCAUCACUACGGAUAAUGUCCUAUUAUGGGAGGAAAAUACUUUCCCCUGGCUAAUUUCGGUCAGUUUGGAAUACUACUUGGAUGUGUUUUUGUCAUAACGUUAGCCAGGUAGGUUUAUCUGUGGUCGCUAGCCGCUAAGCUAGCGGAAGUAAAGAUGAUAGCUACACAGCUAGCUAGCUUGCUAAUAUUAUCGGCUAGCAUUAUCUAGACUUUAGCUAGUUCCGAGUUAACCCGUGUAAGACAUCCAUGGACACGAUUGUGUUUGAAACCGAGCUGGAUUUAAAGUCAGAUAGACCUCCCUAUGACCUGGAAACCGGUGUGUGUCCUCUGAUGAAGACUGCGGUUGGCUUCAGACCAGAGCAGACAUUAGUGUUGACCUUGUCCAGGACUCAAAAGAGAACUUGCCCGGCUUGGUCCAGAUUGAGGCAUCUUGGAGCGAAGGUCUGUCUCAAAAACCUGCAAGGUCUGCAAGAAAAGGCUUUAAUGAACACCAUUUCCCAGAAGCCCGAGCCCAUUGAAGCUGCAGUGACACGAGCUGAUGCCAGCCGACUGGCAGGAGAAUUGAACUGAGGUCCAGAGUCGAGAGAUGGCUGUAAGUACUAUUGUCUUAUGUUUUUAUAAAAGUGUUAAAAGAGGUGGAGACUAAUAUCAGAAACACACAAUUAACCUUGUCCUACUUGGACAGCCGAAGUCCAGAAGUCUAGUAAAUAACAGUGAUGCAUAAUAUGUAUACUGCCAUGCUGCAAAGCGAUCACAGGAAGUGUAGCUUUUCUGAUGCCAUGAAAGAAAAUCAUUAAUUAACCUUGUUAAAACCACAAAAGUUUACAUUUUCACUAGUAAGUGUUGCAUUGGUUGAUGGCUUCUUUUAGAAUAUGAAAAAAAAUCCCAAGGAAUGUGCUUAGUUUUCUUACAGUGACAGUAGCAGAGGCUACCCAGAUGUGUUGGCUUUCUAUUAUGGCCUAUUACAAAGAAGAAGAAGUCAGUCCUUGACUCUAAAUGCAGUCGAUGCAUGAUGAUGUCCAAGUCAUUAGUGCUGAAGUCCAAGUUGUCACGAGUCCAGAAAAUCAGUCAGAUAAGACUACAUGUAAAUGUGUGAAUGUCUAAGGUUCCUUUUUUGGAUGCAUGUUUGGGAAUUCUUUUUACUUGCAUGUGGAUGUAGGCGUUUCAUUUCUCUGCAUAGUUAAAACUCUCCACAUUAGGGUGUUGGUGCCCUUGUGUCUGGAGAGUGUAAGCUCCAAAGAAUUUGUUCAGUGAUUCAGGAAAUGUGUGGCACAGUGAGUUUGCUCCCUUUUGAGGUGUUUGUUGGCCAAGGCUGAUCCUGACAGUUCUCCAGGGAGCGUGCUCAGUAGGCCUCUUCAAAGAGUCCUACCUCCCAAAGCAGGAAGUCCAGCCCUGUGCUGCUUGGAAACAAGAUGAGGCAGACAGGAAGGAAGUGAGAAAACCUCAAGAGGCGUGAGAGACUGAAAAACCGAUAUGAGUCCUCAAAGAUGAGGAAAGUCCAGCCAGAUGGAUUUUGGUGUGUAGCAUUAACAUACACACACCGGGAUCAAGGGUCCAGUGAGAAAGGGUUAGGGUUAACUUUCCUCUAAAGGGUGUCAAAAAAACGAACUAAAUUGGGUGUUAGAAAAUGCUAAGGAGCUGAAAAAAGGUCCUGGGUGCCCAGCUCCCCUGUGCGGGUGCUCACGUUCUAUUUUACAGACAGUGUCCCUUUAAAAAGCCCCACGUCUGGAAAGCCCAUUAGAUGUGCAUAUAAAAUUUCCCCUGUGAUUAAUAGUUGAUGAGGCAGGGUUGGUUGGAGGGUACUACCAACAUGUGGCCAGCAGGGCUCCUCCUCUACACUCUCAUGUUACACUCCAUAAACUUGCCACUAUUUCCCACCUCUACAUUUAAAAAGGAGGAGGGCUCACUUGUCAAGAAUGCCUUAGAAGAGUUGUGAAAACAGCAAGCUCGAGAAGGGGAGUCAUGCAGUUGCAGAUGCAGCUCUCCUGCCUAGCCACAAAGCAGUCAGAUCAGUCAGGGGGAGAGGGUGUGUGAGUGCAGUACAGAGGGAAAGUGUGCAAGAGUGUGUGUGGACUAGAGGCUCCAAAAGACGUUGCAUACACUCCCAGAGAGAGAGGGAAGCACGCUGUCACAGGAAGGCGUCUGUCCUCACGCAGUCUGGGCUGUGGAAGAGUCAGCAGCCUCUGACAGAAGUCAGUACUCCAGCGGUGGAUGCAGUGAAACGAUGAUGUGCAUGUAGUCAGCAGAACUGGAUAUUUCUCAAAAGAGAAAGAUACAGGUUUCCAGUCCGCACUUAUUUUCUAGGAGGGGUUUUUAAACUUCUCAACAAGGAAAAUACUAAGACGUUAUUAUUCAAGACUGUGUGAAGUGUUUUUGCAUCACCAUGGAUCAGCCAGCUAGCAGCUGCAUGCGGAGCGCCCACCCCAGCAGCCCCAUCUGGGGUUGCAUGAGGAACCCUCACUCAGGGGUCCCAGGAGCCAAUCUACAGUCGCCCUACCAGCAGGCCCCUUUCUCCCUCCACCAGAAGCCCGAGUUCCUGGCCUACACAGACUUCUCCAGCUCCUGCCUGGUGCCGGCCGCGCCGCACGCAGCCUACCCCCGUGACGACAGAUUAUACCAAGAGAGCCAGGAGGGUUACCAGAGAGCUGACUGGCCAUUCAACCCAUGUGAGGCACGGGUGAGGGCGCCCGAGGCCUGUCCGCCCAUCGUCGCACCUGCAGUAGUCGGUGGCGGUGGGGGUGGAAGGCCCGAGCUGGACAGUGUCAGCGGAGAGAGGCUGCCAGGGCCCGUGCCCGGGUGCCUGGAGGGGGAAUACUCGCCCCAGAGCAUGGCAUCGGCCGACUCGGACAAGAAGAGCUCCAAUAAGAGGAAGAGAGAUGUCACAGAUAUCCAGGAGUCCAGUUUUAAGGUGGACUCCAGCUGCAAGGCUCGGAAAGAACGCACUGCGUUCACCAAGGAGCAGCUGAGAGAGCUGGAAGCAGAGUUCACCCACCAUAACUACCUGACCAGGCUCCGCCGCUACGAGAUCGCCGUCAACCUGGACCUCACAGAGAGACAGGUGAAGGUCUGGUUCCAGAACAGGAGGAUGAAGUGGAAGCGAGUGAAAGGGGGACAGUCGGCUUCACCCAACGACUUGGAAAAUGACGACAUAGACUCUGCUGCCUCGCCCAGCUCUGAAUGAACAAGGGGGGCUGACAUUAAUUAAAAGAGGUGCAAGCGACACAAACACCGGGGUCGACCGGACACCAGUACAACACAACCUCUGCUCAUGUUUUGUUUAGAAAGCUGCAAGAAUCAAAUCACUCUGGAGACGAUGUUUUUUACUCCCAGGAAGAAAUCCCUGAGCAUCUCCUUUGUUGUUGACUUCUGUUGUAAAUAGUUGAUUUUUGUCCAUAACGAACUGCAUUUUGAUACCUUAACGAUAAAUACUCUUACAGUCAUUGUAGAUCAGUGACAGAGUCAGCAGCUUCAAGGCCAGUGAGACAUAUCAGACCGUGAUGUGAUUGUGUUUGAGCGCAGCCCCUUUGGUUCCAAUAUCAUAAUCAUGGCCUUUGACGCUUGACUACAACCACCUGGGAAACUCAGACUGCGUAAGUGUUGCCAAGCCAUAAGUGCCUCAGAAUCAGAUGGGCUUUUUUCAUUUUGUCAGUUUCUUUUUCCUAGAAUAUAGUUUUUUUUUUUCUGUCAAGCAUUUUUUACCAUUCAUUCCUUUACAUUUUGAAUGUUAUAGAUAAAACACAGAUGUUGCCUGUUUCUGCAAAAAGAAUAAAUCAUCUGCUGCAAAAUGGGGAAAAUAUCUUGAUAAUUUCUUCCACCCAUAACAACUGAGGAAGGACUGGACAGCAGGUAGAUGUGUUGACCUUUCUUUGUCUGACAACAACUGCUAAGCACUGAGAACACAAUGACUGAGUAGUUGUUGUUUACGCCCAUGUGCUUUUGAUGUUGGCAGCUGACAUCAAAGGUAAUAAAUCACGUAUGUGCGCGGUUGUGUACUUGUCCGUUUAAGCACGGAACAGUAUUUUUGCCUGGUUCCAGAGAUGUGUUGCCCACAUCUCAGAGUGUGUUCUGCUCAGUGAUGGCUAUUACGCCAUUUGGAAAAAGGACUAGCCAAUCAGACAUUUGUAGCCGCGAUUAAUAAUGGGGACAUGAUUUUUCUGUGCCAGAGGCAGACGAAUGGCAACAGAAAAAUGGUUGCAAAUGGACUCAAGUAUGUGUUAUUUCACUUGUUUAUAAUACUGUAGGGGCACUAAUGCAAAUACAGUGCUGUCACACUACUCUGAAAUGUUUUUUUUUUUGUUGUUGUUGUUUUAUUUUGUUGUUUUUUGUAAUGGAAGAACAGUUUCUAGUGUCUAUAAACCAUAAAAUCACCAUGGUGGGUAUUUGGCUCUCUGCCAAAUGUGUAAUCAAGCUGCUGUUUGCUAACACAUUCACUAUGUCAACAUUGUUUUUACAGAUUGUUUUUGCUAUUCCCAAGGAGCAAAAAGAGGAAAAACAAACUGCUCCUGGCAUGUGUGAUGUCCUACUGGAUAAUGACAGUUCAUUCAUGAUAUCACUCAUAAUA